UAAAACACAGCAGCAGAGGCCCGGGCUUGCUUUGCCUCUCUGUUUUUGCGGUGACACUUCAGCCUCAGGUCUUUGUGAAUCACCUGGCCGCAGGGUGAGCACAAUGUUGCUUCUUGUUGCCUUCUUGCUUUGUGCAGCCUCCACUACCUCAGCAUCCACCAAAGGUGUUGCUGCUGGGCCCCGUCUCAACAACAACCAGCUGUACAAAUUCAGCUACACCACCGAGUUCCUGCUGGACAAGGCCAGAGGGUCAAAGGAAGGCGGCGCCGGCUACAGGAUCUCCAGCGAUGUGAACGUGAACCUGGUUUGGAGAGAUCCGGGCAACAAGGAUGACCAGCUGGUUAGAGUGGCGAUCUCGAAUGUGGAGCUUGAGCAUGUGUCCCCCAGAACGGAGAAGAAGAACGUCCUCCGUGGGUCUACAAGUGAAAGCAUUAUGGGGAAAACCAACCUGGCAGCUUUUACAAAACCGUUCCUGGUGCAUCUGAAAGGUGGAAAGACAAAAGGCUUUUAUUCCUACUGGGCAGAACCUGCAACCAUCAAGAACCUAAAAAGAGGCCUGGUCAGCUUACUGCAAUUUCAGCUCAAUACUGGGAAGGUUGUCGAGAAUGAUGUGUCUGGGAGGUGCACAGUUCAGUACCAAGCAGUAAAAGGUCAAGUAACAAGAACCAAGGACCUGGAGACAUGUAAGGCUUCAGAGACUGGAUUUACCACGUUUAGUAAGGUCAUGGGUGUGAGCAGGAAGUCCAGCUCUGUUACGGUGUUCACACUCGAGGACGGCUUCAUCCGCUCAGCUGUGGCCGAGGAGACGCAUUCAGUGGCUGUUAAUUCUCACAGAUCUGUGGCAACUAAAGUCGUGUCCAGGCAAAAACUCCUGUUGUUAGGUACUGAGGCUGGUCCCCUGGAGACUGCUGGGAAAGAUGUUGCUGGUGUUGUGAAGUCAAUUGAUGCCAAGCUGGCAGCUGUUGGCAUUGUGGCUGAGAAGGUCAAAUCGCAGUGCAAACGAUGUCCGUCUCUUUUUGAGCAUUGGCAGGCUGAACAGAAGCAGCUGGAGCCAGCGAGCCUGUCCAAAGUCACAGCUCCCCGGAGUUUCCUGGCCCUCAUCCAGAGCAUUAGGAAGGCGUCCAAGGACGAGAUCCUCAAAGUGCUGAGGAGUGCCAGCAAGACAUCUCUACCUCAGGUGGUGGAUGCCGUGACCUCUUCUCAAACCCACGCAUCUCUUGAUGCCAUGCUUGAGUUCCUGAACUUUACCGAUACCAAAGGUUUUGUUCUGCAGGAGAGGUUUCUCUAUGCGUGUGGCUUUGCCUCACAUCCCAACGAGAGAAUGCUGCAGGCUCUGCUGGAUAUUUAUAAAGGAAAGAUUGGCAAUACCGACAUCAAAGAAUCAGUGAUGAUCAUCAUGGGAGCUCUGGUCCACAAGCUAUGUCUGAAAGGAGGUUGUGAUUUACCGACAGUGGUGACGGUGAAGGAAAUUAUCUUAAAAGGUCCUGAGAGCACACAGGUUGAAACUGAGGUCCAGAUGUACCUGCUGGCCCUGAAGAACUCGUUAUUGCCCGAGGCCAUUCCCAUCUUUACCAAAUACGCGGAGUCAGAGGUGGGGUCUUUUAAUACCAUCGCACUCUCGUCUCUGCAGAGAUACGACAUCAGUCUCAUCACCAGUGACGUUAAACGGACGGUGAACAGAGUCUACCAUCAAAAUCGACGAAUCUAUGAGAAAAAUGUGAGAGCUGCUGCCGCCGACGUCAUCCUCAGCAGCGACCCCUCAUACAUGGAGGUCAAAAAUCUGCUCCUGUCCAUCGGAAACCUGCCGCAUGAAAUGAACAAGUACAUGCAGUCAAAGAUCCAGGACAUUCUCCGCUUCCAUCUGCCUGCCAGCAAAGUUAUACAGCAAGCUAUGAAGGACAUGAUUUCCCACAACUACGAUCGCUUUGCUAAAAUCGGGUCAUCAUCAGCAUUUUCGGGAUUCAUGGCACAAACUAAGGACGUGACCUCCACGUACAGUUUGGACAUCCUGUAUUCAGGCUCUGGGAUUUUAAGAAGAAGCAACAUGAAUAUUUAUGGUGCAAAUAAAGAAGCAAUGCUUCAUGGACUACAGGUGGCGAUUGAGGCCCAGGGUCUUGAGGGCCUCAUCGCUGCGACGCCUGAUGAGGGGGAGGAAAACUUGGAUUCGUUCGCCGGGAUGUCAGCUCUGCUGUUUGAUGUUCAGCUGCGGCCCGUCACUUUCUUCAAAGGCUACAGUGACCUCAUGGCCAAAAUAUUCUCCAUGAGUGGAGAGCCCAUGAAUGUUGUGAAGGGUCUCAUCCUGCUGUCUGAUCACUCUGAGGUUAUCCAGCUGCAAUCUGGUCUCAAGGCGAGUACAGAGUUCCAAGGAGGGCUGGCCAUUGACAUUUCUGGAGGCAUGGAGAUAAGCCUGUGGUACAGGGAGUCCAAGACCAGUGUCAACAACAGGGCAGCAUUAGUGGCCACUGGCAAUGUCACUGUGGACAUGGACUUUCUGAGAGCAGGUGUGGAGGUCAGCUUUGAAACCGAGGCGUCGCUGGACUUCAUCACCACCGUCCAGUUCUCUGAAUACCCAUUCCUGGUGUGCAUACAGAUGGACAAGGCUACCUUCCCAUUCAGUGAGCGUCUUGCCAAGUAUGAGAGUGCAUCUUCAGGGAAGAGCGCUGCGUCACGAAGGGGCAAAAAGCAGAUCAUCUCUGGCACUGAAUUCCCUCUUCAUCAGGAGAACUCGAACAUGUGCAAGAGAGUUUUUGACUCCAGCUGGUAGAGAGCAAAACUGUGAACUAUUGCUACGAAAAGGUUUCAUUGCAUUCGGGGACAGCAGUCACACCUCCACAGUGAGAGAGCAGGUCAUCAUCACUCAAGCAGUGAAAGACCAGAGAAGGAGUAAAAAUGGUGGAUGCUUUUUUAGCUGCACAUGCAAUGUUUACAUUCCUGUGAGUAUUUAAGUCUUUUUGAUUCAUCGUGUUUGUUUCCAAUCAGGAAUUCUUACGUUGUCUUUUUAUGGUUUUCUGUAAAAAAGAAAAAGAAAAAAAAUAUUUAUGAUGGGCACAUACAUGUAGUACACGUGUACGUAUCACACUGGAGACGGUGCCUCUUUCUGUCGACCUUCCUGUGUUUUUAAAGAAAACAUGUUCAGGAGGAGCAGUUUAUUGUUUUUAUGUCACACUGGUAUAAAAUAACUUAUGCAUCGCUGGAAUUCUAUCAUCUCAUUCAUUUUUAGAAUCUUUUUGUAAUUUUUUUCAACUUCUCCUACAAAGUUGAUGUCUGCGUACACGGUACUUUGUACUUGCAAGAUUUAAGAUGAAACCUGAAUCUAAAAGAGGUGAACCCAUCAAUACUUGAAUUAAUUUUGUUAUUAUUUUUUUUAAUGGCUGUGAUAGCUGUAUGUUUGUUUUGUUGUUGUUGCUUUGGCUUAUUGAUUUCAUUUGAGUAAAAAAAUCCACACACGUUAACAACUGGGAGAGAUUAACCAUCAUGUCACCCUGUCUUUGUAAAAUCUCCCUCAUAAUUUGUCAUAAUGACGACUUGUUAGUCUGCAUAAUUCAUUUAACACCAACCUGCUAAAGUGAGUCAACGUGGCCUGUUAAAAGUAUACUAAAGGAAUUCUGGGUAACCGGAACACCCCUAGAACAGGGGUCAGCAACCCGCGGCUCUAGAGCCGCAUGCGGCUCUUUAGCGCCGCCCUAGUGGCUCCUGGAGCUUUUUCAAAAAUGUUUGACCUUUUUUUUUCUUUUUUUCUUCUUUUUUUCAAUUUUUUUUCCCUUUUUUCCCAUUUUUUUCUUUUUUCCCUUUUUUUCUUCCUUUUUCCUUUCCUUUUUAAUCUUGUCAUUUCAACUUUUUUCUCGAAAUGUUGAAUUUUUUCUUGAAAUUUUGACUUUUUUCUCAACAUUUUGACUUUUUCUUAACAUUUUGACUUUUUUCUCGAAAUUGUACUUCAACAUUAAUCUUGACAUUUCAACUUUUUUCUCAAAAUUUCGACUUUUUUCUCGAAGUGCAUAAUGAAAAAAAAAAAUCUUCCCCCAGUUAUAACUAAUAUAGAUACAUGCAGCAUGUGUUGUCUUGAUUCUAAGGCUUAUACAAGACUUUUCAUUUUUUGCGGCUCCAGACAUAUUUGUUUUUUGUGUUUUUGGUCCAAUAUGGCUCUUUCAACAUUUUGGGUUGCCGACCCCUGACCUAGAACAUGCUAAUGGCUACACAAAUGACUGCACCUCCUCACUUGCCUAUGUUAGGCUUUUACAGUUUUCAGAUGACGUGACAGUUGUCAGUCUGGUCCAGGACAGCGAAGAGCUUGCAGACAGGCAGGAGGUUGAGCAGCUGGCUUUAUGAUGCUUUCAUAACAUCCUAUUUCUCAACACUGACAAGACCUGAGAUGACAAUGGGCGUUGGAGGUCACUUGCAGCACACCCACUUUCACCAUCCUGAACAGUACUGUUGUGGUUGUGGAGUCCUUCAACGCUCCAACUAAAUAAAUAAAUACAAACCCAACAACA